GCUGCUCUGAAGCCAUGGCCCUCGGUCUCCUGUGUCUGGGCCUGACCCUGAUGGGGACCCUGAAGAUCCAGAUUCAGGACUUCAAUCUAGCUGUGAUCCCAAGCCCACCACUGAGCAAGAUCCCUCUGCAGCCAGAUUUCCAAGAGAAGCAGUUCCAGGGGAAGUGGUAUACCAUAGGUUGGGCACAGAACACAAAUUGGAAUCACAGACUAAGCCAACUACUCAAGUUCAGCUCCAACUACAAGCUGAAAGAUGACCACAGCUACAAUGUCAGCUCCACUUGGUUCAGCAACCACGUCUGUGAUCACAGGAGCGACACUAUACUUCCAAGUGGCCAGCCGGGCCAGUUCACUCUGGACAAUUUGCCAAGUUACAAUGGAUUACAGAACUACACUAUGAGAGUGGUAUCCACGGACUACAAUCAGUUUGCCAUGGUGUUCUACAAGUUGGUUUUCAACAACAUAGAGUGCUUUGAGCUCAUGCUCUAUGGGAGAACCAUGGGAUUGAGCCCUGAACAAGAGGACCUCUUCUUCAACUUUGCCAAAUCUCUGGGCCUCCCUGAUGACUACAUCUCCUUCAUCGAGCCCAUGGAGAACUGCAUGGACUAGUGAAUUUGCAGUGCCAUCCGGCUGCAGCCUGAGCCACACAGCUAGUGAGAGAGCUGGAAGACCCUUCUUACUGCUUCCCACCAUCUCUACAAAUGCCAACCCACUGAUGGAGCUCACUCUUUGUCCUAAAUAAACACCUGCU